UUCACUUCAUAUUUAACUUUAUAUCAUAAUCAUUUUUAGCAGAUUCUUUAAUAGUUAGAAGAGUUUAAUAUUUAAAAAAAUGUUAAAAAAUUUUAAUGAUUUCAAGGAAAAAGACACUACACAUUGUUUAAACAAUGUCUCUGUCUUAGACGGACGUUACCAAAAAAUCGUUCAACCAGUAACGAAUUGGUUUUCAGAAUUCUCUUUAUGUAAAACACGUUUUAUUAUUGAAUUACGAUGGUUACGCUUUUUAAUAGAGUAUUUACCAGGUUCUAAUGACAAACGCCUUACAAAACAAGAGAAUGAGUAUUUUACACAGCUUGAAUCAUUUUCACUUACGGAUGCAAAACAUGUCAAGGUACUUGAAACACAUACUCAACAUGAUGUAAAAGCAGUGGAAUAUUUUCUUCAAGAUUGUUUACAAACGGCUAUAAACAAUAAAACAUGCUCUGAAACUAUGGUGAAAUGGAAGGAAUUUACACAUUUUUGUUGUACAUCCGAAGAUAUAAAUAAUUUAGCCUAUGCUUUUCUAAUUAAACAAUGUUUACAUACUGUAUUACUUCCACAAUUUUCGACGAUUAUAAAAAGUUUGUCUUCUUUAGCGCAACAGUAUCAACAUGUUGCUAUGUUAUCCCGCACGCAUGGACAACCAGCUGUUCCAACAACAUUUGGAAAAGAAAUGGCUAUGUUUGCGUAUCGGCUCCAUCGCCAUACUAAAUGCUUAAAUAAUGUAGCCAUACAAGCCAAAUUCAAUGGGGCCGUGGGCAAUUUUAACGCACAUCGGUUUCUUUACCCUGAAUUAGAUUGGCAACACAUUACAAAAACAUUUGUUGAACGUUUUGAUGUAGUGUAUGAGCCUUUUUCGAAUCAAAAUGAAUCCCAUGAUUAUAUUGCAGAACUUAGUCAUUCUCUCAUUCGAAUGCAUGUUGUAUGUUUGGACGCUGUUCAAGAUUUAUGGCAGUAUAUAUCACGAGAUUACUUGCUACUUAAAAAAGUUGAAACGGAAGUUGGAUCUUCUACCAUGCCCCAUAAAAUUAAUCCUAUUGAUUUUGAAAAUGCUGAAGGAAAUUUCGGAGUGGCCAAUUCUUUGUUGGAAUUUUUUGCACGAAAAUUAUGUAUUUCACGAUUUCAACGAGAUUUAUCAGAUUCCACUGUUAUUCGCAACAUAGGAUCGGCUUUCGCUUAUUCAUUUAUUGCGUUAAAAUCUUUUGAGAAAGGUUUAUCCAAAAUAAUUUUAAAUGAAAAAGUUGUUAACGAAGAAUUAAAUACGCACUAUGAAAUUUUAGCAGAACCCGUUCAAAUACUUUUAAGAAGUGAAUCCGUACCUCAUGCCUACAAUAUGCUUAAGAACAUGACCCGAGGGGUCAGAUCUAUGACUCAGAAUGAAUAUAGAAAUCUCAUUGAAAAACUCCGUUCUCAAAUCACAUCAAGAGCGUAUGAGUCUUUGUGUACUUUGACUCCACAGAAAUACAUAGGCGACUCAGCGAAGCUUACCGACGAAAUGCUAAGUCAAGUCAAUUGUUUUUAAAACAAGCAAACAAUUCGGUUUGGGCUUUGUUCAUUAAAAGCAAAAAAAUCGCUACAUAUGUUGACUUUGUUCAGUAACAAUAAUGUUUUAUAACAACAUUAGCUUUUCAGAGAUCUAUUUAUCAAAAGGUAUAUAGACAAAUGAAUCAGUUACUAGAAACCAAAUUUUUUCCUGAAUCUAUCUUUUUAAUUUAAUAUAUAAACGUACGAAUGAAUAAUAAUAAGAAAAAUAACAA